GGCAAUCCAUCAGUAGUUAGUGAGCAGUGAUUGGACAGUUUUGUUCAUCCGCAGCUUUAAUAAGCCAUUACUUCUCCUCUUUGCGGGGACCUCUGGUUUUCCCAACUGAAAUCUGCAUCGCUCUCGCCAUUGACAAUCUUUAUAAACCCUCGAGUUCUUUCCGUUCACCAUUUCUUAAACUCUCAAUCCGACUCACCGUUCAUGAACUCCCACUUUCACGAUUGCAUAACGGUGGAAAUCUUCUUUUCUGUGGCUCAAUCGGUGAGCUCUAUUGUCUGUUGGUGAUUGCAUCAGUUGUCACUGUUUGGUCAUUUCUUCACCUCGCUGAUUCAAUCGCUCAGCUCCAUUUUCUGUCGCUAUUGGCAUCAGUUCAUCACUAUUCGGGACUCUCUAUGACAUUCAUCGCUCCUCCUUUGCCAGGUAGUUCCUUAUGUUUAAUCAAUUUCGGUUAGAUGGCGUUCUGUUUUUCGCUACUAUCUCGGACCGAGGUUUGUGCGUGAGAUAAUUGGGGGAAGUUGUGAUUUAUGAAGGAUAAGAAGAAAGCUACUCGUCUGCAAGAAUAGGAGGAGAAAUUUUUGUAUGCCACAGUCUUCCUGGAGUCCUUGGGCGUUGGGAGACACGAAGAAGUUUUGGCGAGAUUCUGCCGUUUGAUCGGUUCAAUCUUAUUGUAUAAUUAAAGAGAAUUCAUGAAAAUAUAGCUUUUAUCUUUUUUUUUUUGUAAAUUUAUUUGGAAUUAUCAGGCCUUUUUUUUUCAGAGGCCUUUGUUCUUUUUAUAAGGAAGAAAAGGAUAUGGCUGUAUAUUACAAGUUUAAAAGUGCAAGAGAUUAUGAUUCAAUCCCCAUGGAUGGUCCUUUUAUAUCUGUUGGUGUUUUAAAAGAAAGAAUUUUUGAAUCAAAGCACUUGGGUAGGGGUACAGACUUCGACCUGGUGGUCACAAAUGCUCAAACUAACGAAGAGUAUCUUGAUGAAGCAAUGUUAAUCCCCAAAAAUACCUCUGUGUUAAUUCGCCGGGUUCCUGGACGUCCUCGUUUGCCAAUUGUUACUGAACAAGAUCCAAAGGUUGAAAAUAACAAGGUGGAACUCACUGAACCUGGAAAGAAUAACAUUCCUGGUACUGAACCAUCCACUAUGAAAUAUUCCGAAGAGUCUGAAUGGGAUGAAUUUGGGAAUGAUUUAUAUUCAAAUCCUGAAGUGCUGCCAACUCGGUUGAGCAAUCCACUUCCAGAUGCUCAGCCCACAAAUAAAGCUGAUGAGGACAGCAAGAUUAAGGCUUUAAUUGAUACUCCAGCCUUGGACUGGCAGCGCCAAGGUUCUGAUGGUUUUGGCCCCGGUAGAGGAUUUGGAAGGGGAAUGGCUGGAAGGACAGGUGGACGUGGUUUUGGUCGAUUAGGAUUGGAGCGGAAAACACCACCUCAGGGCUAUGUUUGUCACCGGUGCAAAGUUCCUGGACAUUUUAUUCAGCAUUGCCCUACUAAUGGCGAUCCUAAUUUUGAUAUUAAAAGAGUAAAACCUCCAACUGGUAUUCCAAAGUCUAUGUUGAUGGCAACCCCAGAUGGAUCAUAUGCAUUGCCAAGUGGUGCAGUUGCUGUUUUGAAGCCAAAUGAGGCUGCUUUUGAGAAGGAAAUUGAGGGCUUACCGUCAACACGCUCAAUUGGUGAUCUUCCUCCUGAACUUCAUUGUCCAUUGUGCAAGGAAGUGAUGAAAGAUGCGGUGUUAACAAGCAAAUGCUGUUUUAAGAGUUUUUGUGAUAAUUGCAUUAGGAAUUACAUUAUUUCAAAGUCGAUGUGUGUAUGUGAGGCAAGAAACAUACUUGCAGAUGAUCUUCUCCCAAAUAAGACACUUAGGGAUACCAUUAAUCGAAUUUUGGAGUUUGGCAAUAAUAGUGCUGAAAAUGAUGAAAGCAGCUUUCAAGUUCCAGACAUGGAGUCUGCACGUUGUCCACCGCCUAGGUUUCCAUCUCCUACUACUUCAGCUGCAUCAAGAGGAGAACACCAAAAGGCAGCAUCUGCUGUUCAAGAGACUCUAGCUGUGAAGGAGGUGGUAGAAGAGGGACAGGCUGUUAGUGGCCUGAAGUCUGCCAUAGAGAAAGUCCAAACUGCCAAAACAGUUAUUGAUGCAUCUGAAGCUACACAUGAGUCAUCGAGUAUGAAGGAGGCAGCUUUACAUGGGAGUGCUCCCGUGGUUGAGGAAGAAGUACAACAGAAGUUAGUUUCUGGUGAGCUAGGAAAGAAGAAGAAAAAGAAGAAGGCCCGCGUGCUUGUAAAUGACUUGCAGUGGAAAGGUCCCCAAGAUCAGCUAGCUGAAAACUACAUGAUGCCAAUGGGCCCAUCUGGCUUUAGUCCAUACUGGACUGGCAUGCAACCUGGAAGGGAUGGAUUUAUGGGUCCUUAUGCUAGUUCCAUGCCCUAUAUGGGCUAUGGACUAAGUCCCUUAGACAUGCCGUUUGGGGCUUUGGUGCCUCAGGAUCCUUUUGGUGCACAGAGCUUUAUGCUUCCCAGUGUACCACCUUAUAGGGAUUUCACAGGCUUUGGAAUGGGUAUGAAUAUUCCACCUCCUGCCAUGAGCAGAGAGGAAUUUGAGGCCCGGAAAGCUGAUUUGAGGAGGAAACGUGAAAAUGGGAGAAGAAGCGAAAGCAGGGAGUUCUCCAGAGAGUGGGAACAUGGUAGAGAAGCAAGCAGCAGUGUGGAUGUCUCCUCAAUGAAAUCAAAAUCCAAACCAAUCUCACAUUCACUCUCGUCAAGUGGAGACCACCACCACCGCCACCACCAAUCUGAGAGGUUAUCACCAGAACAGGCUGCACAUGACAUUGAACCACCACCUCGACAAUCCAAGCGGAAGUCCAACCAUUAUCACGAACACGAACGCGAACGCGAACAUGAACAGUCUCGUGACUGGGAGCAUGAUUUGGACUAUGAUCACUAUGAGAAGGACCAAGAACGUGAUAGAGACCUUCGCCGUCACCAUCACCACCAUUCUGAAUCUUAUUCUAAGCCCUUGUUAGAAACUGCACCCAAACCCACCUCAACAACCACUGCAUCGGUGGCUGCGGCAGUUGGAGCAGCAGCAGCUGCAGACAAGAAGCAGAAGGCAAGUGUGUUCUCUCGAAUAAGCUUUCCAGAGGAAGAAAGAACCAAUAAGAAAAGUAAGGUCUCUUCUGCGACAGAAGCAGCUGGUGCUUGUGGUUCUUCUACUCACCAGAAUAAGGCAUCCUCGAUUAUGAGUGCAAAUUGUGGUGGUAGUGGCGUAAAGAAGAGUAAAACCAGUGCUACUGGUGAUUAUGAGUCAAAUGAUGAUGAGAGGCAUUUCAAGAGGAAGCCAUUAAGGUAUGAGUCAUCGCCACCAACAGCUACUGACUGCAAAGAGGAGCUGCCUCGUCAUUCAAGGGGCUCCAGGGAUAGAGACCGUGAACAUGAGUACGAACGCCACGGCAAGCACAGAUAGAUGACCCGAGAGUACUUGGAAACAUCAAGUUCUCGUCACAAUGUAAUUCCUCCUGCUGCUACAGCUGCUGCUGACAAAGAGAACAAAGGAAAUGCCAAGAGAGAUCUCCCUCUGACUAUACUCUGCAGAAGUCCAGUAUCUCUGCCAAGUGAUCGAUACAUGAAAGAGUGGCUGACAAAGAAACGAUCUGGGGGAACAGAUAAAUGUUGUACGCUCUGAAACAGAUACGGACAUCACCCCCAGCCUUUUAAUGAGUGACCUAUCUUUUCCUUCUCAACAAAAAUUUAAAAAAGAAAACUUUAUGUAUCUGUUUAGAAAUGUUUAAGAUUCGAGUUUUUGUACUUUUUCAAGUUUUAUCAACAUUUAAAAGAGUUUGUCAUUUCAUUUCA